AUGCAGAAACCUCUUUUACCUAUUGCUUCACUAUCUACAGAUACUAAUGCUUUUACUUCAACUAUUUUUAAUAGGCACCCUUUACCAUCAUAUUCUCAUGAAAACAUUAUUCUGAAUAAACCUUUAGCAGUUAAUAGUACUAUUUCUACUAUACAAGUAACUUCAGCAUCAAAGGCUAGAGUAUAUUCUUUUGAUUCAACUUUUACUUCAAUAAAAGCAAAAAUUGAUAAUCAUAUUACUAGAAUAAAAGGUCCUUAUAGCUUUUGUAUACAUGGUGAAAUAUAUCACCACAUCAGUUCUCUUCUUCCUCCUCCAAAUUUAAAACAUCCUUUAUAUGUGCAAAUAUAUGUUUAUGAUAUGAAUAAUGAAAUUCAAAAUAGGCUUAAUGCUGUAUCAAGUUUAGAUGAGUUAACUCUUACUGAGCUUCAAAAUAUGUUACAUAAUAUUAAUUUAUAUGUUCAAGUUUUUCAACAGGCUGGAAUUAUGCUAUCUCAAAAUUCAGCUCAAAACCUAACAAUGCUAAUUACAGAUUUCAGAAUAACAGAUUCAUGCCACUAUAACAUUCCAAAUUCAUCCAAAAUUGCAACAAUUUUAGUAGAUAGCAAUGAAACUGAAAUAUGCAAUUGCAAUAUUAUUCUAUAUUCACAUACUAAAGAAGGUGAGGACAGAUGGCAUCUAAAAAUUCUAAUUUGUGAUGAGACCCACUUAUUAUACUUGAAUACUGAAAAAGAUCAAAAAAUAAAUAAUAAUAUUGAAGAUAUUAAAAAUAGUGAUAGAGCUCAAAAGUAUGUUACUAUGAUGCAAUAUUAUGCAUAUUAUCUACAAGUAGGUAGACCUAGAGAAGGAUUAUCUCUACAUCUUGCUGGCCAUCUUUUUCAGCAAUAUAUAGUCAAUACAUAUGCAAUUGUAAAACAAAAUCAUCUUAAUUAUUUAAAACAUAAUCAACAAAAAAUUCAAGUAAAGCUUUAUAGUGGUUUACAAGAUGCCUUAGCUGUACAGAAUGAACAACUUUGA